UUAUCAAGAAGUCUGGCAUCAAAAUGGAGGAGAGAUAUAGUACAAUAGUCAGGGAUGCAUCGAUCAGUCUCCAGCGGGCUAACACAUCGGUGGAGGAAAAGGAGGCAGAAACAGGAACACUCACGGCUUGGGGGCGGACACAUUAAGAAUCAAACCCUAUUGUACUUGCUCUUCCAAUUCUCUUCAAUCCUGCUUGGGGGGUCCUGUUAGAACUUCAGUCAUGGAGGUUCACAUAGCGGCUGCAGCCGUAGCAUUUGUAAAGCGUGGCUCGCCGCCCCCUGUUGAGUCCUCUACAAAGCCAAUUCCUUCAUCGGACAGCGCAAUUAAAUGCCUCCCCGAGGGGCUGCAGGUGUGCAUUGUGGGUGCUGGAAACUGGGGAACCACCAUUGCAAGAAUCAUUGGCAGCAAUGUCAUGAAUUCUAAAACAUUUGACAACAAAGUGAAACUCUGGGUAUUUGAAGAGAUAGUUGAUGGAAGGAAACUGUCAGAUAUCAUCAAUGAGGAACAUGAGAAUAAGAAGUACUUGCCAGGAUACAAGUUAACUCCUAACGUGGUGGCUGUUCCAGAUUUGAUGAAAGCAGUAGACAAUGCUGACAUCCUCCUGUUCAUCUUACCCCAUGAAUUCAUCCAGAAAAUCUGCUGUGAGAUAGCAGGUCAUUUGAAGCCUGGGGCAUUUGGAAUCUCCCUCAUCAAGGGAAUUCAUGAAAGUCCUGGGACCUUGAAGCUGACCUCUCACAUCAUCCAAGAGAUGCUUGGCAUUGAAAUAAGUGUGCUAAUGGGGGCUAACAUCGCUAAUGAAGUAGCUGAUGAGAAAUUCUGUGAAGCCACCAUCGGAUGCACAAACAAGACACAUGGGAAGAUCUUUAAGGAAUUAUUUGAAACACUCAACUUCCGAAUGACUGUAGUGGAAGAUGAUGAAACUGUGGAGCUCUGUGGAGCACUGAAAAAUAUUGUGGCCCUUGGAGCCGGCUUCAUUGAUGGCUUGGGUUACGGGGACAACACUAAAGCAGCCGUCAUUCGCCUGGGAUUCAUGGAAAUGAUAAAGUUUGCAAAGAUUUUCUGCAAGAGGCCUGUCCACCUGAGCACCUUCCUGGAAAGCUGCGGCAUCGCCGACCUCGUGGCCACCUGCUAUGGGGGUCGAAGCAGGAAAGUGGCCGAAGCCUUUGCACGAACAGGAAAGUCCCUUGAAGAGUUAGAAAAAGAGAUACUUAAUGGACAAAAGCUCCAGGGGCCUCCAACUGUCAGAGAACUAUACAAGAUCCUGAAAAAGAAAAACAUGGAUGAGGAGUUUCCAUUAUUUGUCUGCAUCUAUGAAAUAUGCUGUGACGGAAAAUCAGUUAAUGAUUUCAUCUGUUGCCUGCAGACUCAUCCAGGACAUGAAGGUCUUACAAAAGACUAGGAUAAUUCCAUCCGUUCUAAUCAUUAAUAAAGGGAGAUAAGGC